CAAAGAAAAAAUACGUUUAACAAAAGCGAUGCUCCCGCGGUUUCACAGGGAAAUCAGCUGCAGAUUCUGUCUUCCCGCAGCGCGUCUACUGUCUUCUGAUAUUUCGUUUUCCCUAUCGAGUUACUAAAGUAGCGCAGUUUACUCGCUGAAGUAUUUUCCCGAUAUGGUCAUAGACAUGACUAUAAAUUUACUGGUGGAACAUUUCGACAAGGUAGGCCAAAUCGACAGAACACCGGGACAGUCUUGAGCAGCAGCCUUGUCCGAGAGCGAGUGGGUCUUGGCUAAAAACUGGUGAAAAGGCAAUGUGUCUCGUUACCGUGGAUUGCCUCUCGGUUGCGAGGCGAGCUGCCUUUUUGAAGAUAGCCGGCAGGCGCGGCUUGCUUCACUCUCGUCUGGUGCGGCUGGGUGUCUGUCUGCGUGUGCACGCAGCCGUGCUGAGGCGUUACUGCGAUAUCCAGAGCGCUGUAACGUCAGCAGGGGGGCGGUGUUUGCUGGUGUGAAACGGGAAGUGGGUGGGUGUGGUGUGAUCGAGAGCUGAGCCCCGACCGGCGACCAUAAACGGCAUACGGAACUAUUCAGUGACAAUGGACUUAGCAAAGUUUUGUGCGUUAUGGCACUAAACUAUGCUAUCUGCAGAGAGAACGCAAUAAUUCCAAGCGCUCUGGUACAGCCAGUCGUACGGGCCUGAUAAAUGUGUACAUAAAAAGCCUUUGCCUUCACCCCGUGGAGUGGGUUCAGUUGCAUUCGUUCAGUUGCAUUAUGGUUAAAUUAAAGCAGCCUGGUAACACGACAUACCGUUUGAAAGUGUUAAAACUCACGGUUCUAUCUCUAUAACCCAUUUUACGGUGGCAAUGAUUUAGUGAAAACGGUCCCUUAUCUUCUAACAUGUGGGACGCCAAAAAAAGGCUUGGGGGUUCCUCACCUUCAGUGCGUUUUGGAAAUCCACGGACGACAAGAUCACGGUAAAGUCGGUGUCUUUUUCACGAGAUGGAUCCACUGAACAAAAUCCACAGAAAUUUUUCAUCCAAAAAACGUGCAGAGGACUUGUUCAGUGAAGGACUUGAUUCAAAUUUAUAUCGUAGCUUUAACAAGUUUCUGACCACGGCUCUAUUAAAAGAAUGAGACUCAUCCGCCAACAAAACCAGCCAGCGAUGCAGGGCUGUACCUCUUUGAGAAAGAGCAGGGGAGAGAGCUCAGCAUGUAUGAGUUCACCACAGCAGCAUUUGGACUAGUUUUCCUGAUGUUCUUUGUACAAGAGGCAGGCAAGUAUUUUUAUUAUUCACGUGCAUCUUAUUCAUACUGCUUUAUCCAUAAAGUGCAUUUUAUGGGAAUCAAAGGGAAUAUUGAACAAAACAGAAGGUUCUAGCUUAUUAAUUGUACAUUGUGCUGACACUGCAAACUCAGCAUCUGCUGUAUCUUCAUGUCCCUCAAAUAUGAGCAAGUUUGCUUUGUUUUAUUAAAAUAACACGUGCCAUUCUAAUUUGAAACUAAAUUUACUGCUCUAACAUGAAUUCAUGCUUUGUCUGUCAAUACCAGCAAUUAAGGCUGCAAGUAAAUUUUGUGAAAUUGCUAAUCAAUACGUAAACAUUGGCUGUCUGUGAAUAUUUUUGUUUGGUGGUAAUGCUGAAUGCUUGUUUUUGGAAGCCAUUUCACAUCCUUUGUUUUCACUAGGAUAAUAUUUCUUCUCUAGAGACCAGUGCUCAGGUUGUCCUGACUGCUGAUCCGCAAAGGUCAAAUGUGAUGUCAGGGAAGACUGUGCGUCUUACCUGUAAGGUUGAGGAUUCAGAUCCAUUCACCCAAUGGGAAUAUACCUGGAAGAAGCUAAGUGAAACGGAAGAGACUGAAUUGUCCUCCUAUACUGGAGAAGGGUUCUCUAAUUACACCCUGAGUCAUGUGACUGAGUCUGACAGUGCUCAGUAUUGGUGUGCAGCAAAGGAUGAAAAUCGCGAGAUAAUCAGCUCUCCACAUACUCUGACAGUGACAUCUCCACCGCCUGCUGUGCUAACCCUGAACCCUACAUGGACAAAGUUCUACCCCACUGAGAAAGUGACUCUCAAAUGUGAGAUUCAUAACCGUCAGACUGAGUGGAGUUAUCUGUGGAUCAGAGAUGGAGCCCCUAUCAACAGUUCGCUCUCCAGAGGAAAUGAGUACACAAUCCCAGCUCUUGAUCAGUCACACAGUGGAAGAUACUCCUGCAGAGGAGAAAUACUAGGAAUAUAUGAUUACACUGAAAUGAGCAAAGAUGUGACUCUGACUGUAGAUGCACUCCCACCCGUGGUUCUGACUCUACAGGCUGGAUGGACAAACAUCGUUAACAGAGAGAGAGCGGCUCUGCACUGUGACAUUCAGGACCGCUCUCCCGUGUGGAUGCAUAAAUGGUACAGAGAUGGACAAGAACUUCCUGUGGGCACAGCUGAGGACACGUAUGAGAUCCUGUCUGCUGUUCAGUCAGACUCAGGAACAUACACAUGUCAAGGACAGCAUAAGGAAAGAGUACUGUACACUGGCAGCAGCAAUACAGUUGCACUCAAAGUUUAUGCUCGUCCUCAGGCUGUGCUGACCCUGGAGACUGCAUGGACAGAGAUCUUCAGGUCAGACAGUCUGACUCUGAGGUGUCAGGUUGAGGGGAGCUCUGUUGAGUGGAACUACACGUGGUACAGAGACGGACGACAUCUUCCACUGGACCCCAGCGGGGACAGACUCAUACUCUCCGCUGGAAACGACUCUUACAGUAGUGAAUAUAAAUGCAGAGGAAACCGAACAGGCCAACCGUCUUACACAGAGAUCAGCGAAGGAUUUAGAGCAAACAACAUUGUGGAGAAUCUAGCACGGAUCGCUGUGGGGGCGGCCAUCUUGCUCUUCCUGUCCGUCAUUGUGAACGAAGGCUUUUGGAGGAGGGCGAGGAAGAUGAGGAGGUGCUGCAUUUGAGCCAACGAUUGUCCCUGUCAUGGAGAAAAAAACUUGGCUGCGAAAUGGCAAAUUAGCCAGUUGUUGUGCAGAGAUUAUUUUAAAAGAGCACCCAGAAAUACUCUCAGAGAAAUUAUUUGUACACAGUAUAAGUUCCAGUGUUAACUCAAUUCUUAACAGAUAACAUUUGGCCCAACAUUCCAGUGUGGGACCAAAUGUUAUCUAUUAAGAGUUGCAUUAACACUGUUACAGCUGAAUUCACACUGGACACUGAUAUAUGAUAGUCAUUGAUAUACCAGUAAUCGUUAUUUGUUUAUAUAAAGUCAUUAGCUUAUAGAAAUUAUAUCGUGAGGUAAGAUAUACGCACACCUGUAUUUAAAUCUUCAAAACAAGUUUAAUGAUGCAAACAUUCCAAAUUCCGAAGGUGUUGGUUUCUCAGGUAUUGCUGUAGGUGAAAGUCUUUGUAGGCCUUCCUUUGUGGGUAUUGCCUGUGUGUGCUUCAUACUACAUUUCACCAUCAAUGGGUACUUUU